CUCGGAAUUUCGAGAGAACUGGUUAAUUCAUUCUAUUUCAUUUCACUCUAUGACCUACACAAUGCGUCCCUUCUUAUUUUCUAUACUUUUCACCUUUCUCGCCACUGUCUUCGCCCAGCCGUUACAACCAUCAUCAACUCCAACGUCAUUUCCGAUCGACAGCAACGCGCCACAACGAUCGUCCCCGCAAACACCACCAGCAACGUCGUUUCCAGCCGACACCAACGCCCCACAACAACCGUCCCCGCAAACACCACCAGCAACGUCGUUUCCAGCCGACACCAACGCGCCACAACAAUCGUCCCCACAAACACCACCAGCAACGUCGUUUCCAGCCGACAGCAACGCGCCGAACCUACCGUCACCGUCAAGCGAAAACCGAAGCCUCCAAGGCGUCGGGCGCCACAAAGGAGGCCACCACAGCGGCCGCCGCAAGCGCGUCAACACAAGAAAAUACUUCGGAUACGUCCCGCAAACCAACGACACGUCGUUCACAAACCAAACCGCGUUGGCCCAGGAGUUCCUCCAUGCGCACAACUGGAUCAGGAAACAGUACAACCUUCCCGAGUACACGUGGGACGAGAAACUCGCGAGCUACGCUCGUGGGUACCUCAUGCAGCGCUACGAGGAUUGCAAGCUGGUGCAUUCAAACUCCAACUAUGGCGAAAACGUCUUCUGGGGGAAGAAGUUGCACUGGUCCCCUUCCGACGCCACCUACUAUUGGUACCAGGAGAAGCAGUGGUACAAUUUCCAGACCCUCUCGUGCGCGCCACCGCCCAAAGCGUGCGGUCACUUCACUCAGGUCGUGUGGAGGGACUCCCAGAGAAUUGGGUGCGCGCUUCAGCAUUGCCACAACCCUAGUUUGGGCAUGCUCAUUGCUUGCGAGUAUGACCCCGCUGGUAACUAUGAGAAUGAGGAUCCUUUGAAACAACAUGAGCGAUAGAUCAUCACAAUCGCAAUCACAAGACAUCGAUAUAAUAGGUUCCUUGUUAUAAGAAACAAGUUAUAAUAUAUUUCAUACUAUAACUUUUUUCUCAAGGAACA